AUGGAGAAUAAAACAGAGAAAACAGAAGUUCGAGGCAUUGCAAAGUCAGGCAAGUUCUGGAAGACACCUAAGGAACGAUUCAGGAAGAUUCACAACACAAUUCCAAAGAAAACAAAAGAUCAACAAUUGAAAAUUCGUGCAGAACUUAAAAGAGUCAAGGAAUUGUCAAAGUCCAUUAAGGAUGAACGUAAGCAACAGAAUGAAUUAAAGAAGCAACGACGUGAAGAGAACCUUCAACGUAAGAAAGAAAAUGAAUUAAAAUCACAGACUGUCCAAAUUAUCAAAAAUACAUCAAAAUUGAAGAGAAUUAAGAAGAAACAUUUGAGGCAGAUCCAGAAACGCGAUUUGGACACAUUAAAAUCAAAAGUUGUUUAA